CACCACUUUAGCCAUCGUUUGGUGGAAACGCAAGAGUUUACUGACAAUUGCUGCCAAAGAAGCCGUAAAUAACAGCGAAGACCAAGAGUUUGCAGAAUUUGGUCGCGAAAUAAGUGGUCUGAAGAGCUAUACGGCCGAAGAAGUGGCCAAACAUAACGAUAUGUCCAAAAGGAUUUGGGUUUCAUUCCGCAGCGGUGUCUACGAUAUCACCGACUUUGUUGGCCAACAUCCCGGAGGCGAUAAGAUAUUGAUGAGCUCUGGAGGAGCACUGGAACCGUUUUGGACGCUAUUCGCUGUCCAUAAGACACGCGAAGUGUUCAAAAUGCUAGAGAAGUAUCGCAUCGGAAAUCUGGAUUCAAAGGACAGGACUGUUGAGAAACCGGGCGUCGAUAGUACUCCCGAUCCCUAUGAUAACGACCCGCUACGACAUCCGGUUCUAAGGGUCAGAUCUAAAAAGCCAUUCAACGCGGAACCGCCCGAAGAACUACUGACCCAACAGUUUUUGACUCCGAAAGAAAUAUUUUUUGUUAGGAAUCACUUACCGGUGCCUGAAAUCGAUAUCGAGAACUAUACCCUUGAGAUCGAGGGCUUUGGCCUCAAAGAGCCGAAGACUCUAACCUUAGAUGAGAUCAAAAAGAAAUUCCCGAAACACACGGUCAUAUCGACGAUACAGUGCGCCGGCAAUAGAAGGGAUGAAAUGAAUAAAGUCAAAGAGGUGAAAGGCCUGUCGUGGGGGUCGGCGGCCAUCAGUAAUGCCAAAUGGAGUGGCGCUCGACUCGUCGAUGUCCUUCAGUACUGUGGUCUCGAUUUUGACGAUCAAAACAUCAAACACGUUCAGUUCGAUGGCCUGGACUUCGAUGUCUCAUCCAAUCCGUACGGCGCCAGCGUUGAGGCCAUUAAAGCGCUGAACCCAAACGCAGACUUUUUAGUAGCAUAUGAAAUGAAUGAUGAGGACAUUCCGCUGGAUCACGGCUUUCCAUUGCGACUGAUAGCGCCGGGAGUGGUGGGCGCCCGCAAUGUCAAGUGGUUGUCACGCAUUGUGUUAAGCGAUGAGGAAAGUCAUAGUCAUUGGCAAAGGAAGGACUACAAGAGUUUUUCACCAAACAUUGAUUGGCAUAACGUUGACUUCGAGAGCGCCCCCUCUAUACAAGAACUGCCCGUUCAGUCGGCUAUUUGUGAGCCCCGGGAGGGACAGUUGGUUCAGAUGGAUGAGAAUAGGAAUAUACAAAUGAGUGGUUAUGCGUGGAGUGGUGGCGGACGGAAAGUGAUUCGAGUGGACGUGUCGGCUGAUGAGGGCAUCAAUUGGGUGACAGCGGAACUGCAACAGGAGGACAGUCCUCUUAAUAGGACUUAUUCAUGGACUCUAUGGAAGGCUAACAUCCCAGUGCCCAAAGAGUGGAAAUCUGGCCAUAAAGUGGAACUGGUGUGUCGGGCAACUGAUUCCCACUACAAUAUACAGCCCGAGAAUGUGAGAAAUCUCUGGAAUCUGAGAGGAGUUCUCAAUAACUCUUGGCAUAGGAUUCUUAAUAAUUAA